UAUUAGCAGCAUAAAUAAAAGGUUAUCGGGAAAUAUUUUAAAAUUAAAAAUAGACUUUAAAAACACGUUGAACGGGUGUUUCGGCGCUUUCUAGCCAAUGCUACCCGCCUAGCCUCCAGCUAGGCUGGUUAGCCGGUUAGCAGCGACCCGUUAGCUAGCAACCACGUAGAAACGCGGCAAAAUGUCAGCGGAACUGCUGCGACUCUCCGCGACGCGACGUCCUGCUCUCGGUCUUUAACGGUGUGCGCGGUGAGACCCGCUCAUGCUGAGGCGUCCAUUAGCCAGUUAGCUCGCCACUAGCAUGCAGAGCUGGGUCCGUGCGCCCGCGUGUGUUUUGCGAAAGUAAACGGCAGGCGCAUGACCACCGACCCAGUGCGCGGUAAUCACCGGCGGGUCACCGGCGGACACAUCGCGGCCGUUAGCGCGCUCUCUCCGCUAGCUAACAUGCUGCCGCUCAGCGCCGGUUAGUCGGUCCAGAUGUCGGAGGACCAGCAGGCCGAGGCUUCCCUCCAGGGGGGUAACCUGGAGGGAGGGGGGGGCGACCUAGGGGUAAUGGAGGGCAACACGGAGCCAAGCAUGCUGCUGCAGAAACUCAAGAGUAACAUCUCAAAAAGUGUCCAAACCAAAGUGGACCAGAUUCUGCUCGAUGUCCAGCGGUUCUCUGACAACGAUAAGCUUUACCUUUACCUCCAGCUGCCCUCUGGACCCUCUUCUGGAGACAAGAGUGGCAGUGACUCCGCCUCCUUCAACACAGCCGACCAGCUCCACACCUGUAACUGGAUCCGGAGUCACCUGGAGGAGCAUUGUGACACGUGUCUGCCGAAACAGGACGUCUACGAGACCUACAGGAGACACUGUGAGAAUCUGCAGCAUCGACCUCUGAGCGCCGCCAACUUCGGGAAGAUCAUCAGAGACAUUUUCCCAAACAUCAAGGCUCGACGGCUCGGCGGCAGAGGACAGUCCAAGUACUGUUACAGCGGCAUCAGGAGGAGGACGGUCCUCAACAUGCCUCUACUGCCCCCCCUGGACCUGAAGAGUGACCCGGCCGAGCUGACGGAGCUGGUCCAGACCUACAAACAGGAAGUGACGGAGGCGGCAUGCGAGCUGAUCUGCGACUGGGCGCAGAAGAUCCUGAAGCGCUCGUUCGACACGGUGGUGGAAAUUGCCCGCUACCUGAUCCAGGAGCACCUGGUGAACCCGCGCUGCAGCCGGGCCGAGCUGGUGACCUCCGCCGCGCUCGCAGGAGCGCCGGCCAAACCCCACAAGGUCAUCAAGAAGACGCCCCUCCCCUCCAGAGCCGACGGCGAGGGAGCCGCCGACCACAAGAAGGAGCUCGGGGAUUCCUCGUCAAAGUCUGGAGACAGAUCGGCGUCUGCAGCCAAGCCUUCCUCCCUGGAGGCUCCUCCUCCCUCUUCCUGCCCCUCCUCUUCCUCGCUGCGUCCGGCGGUGGAGGCGUUCAUGAAACAGUUACCCAGAAUCCUCCCUCGCAGCUCCGUCCCUGAUAAGACUCAGCUCUCCGUUCGCUCCUCUCCGCCCUCAUUGGUUCCCAGAGACUCCUCCGGGGUCAACGCCGCCGGAGUGAAGGUCAUCGCCAUGGCGACGCUGCCCCAGCAGCCGGGCGGGCCCGUCCCGGUGAUGAUCCUGCCUCAGGGCUGUCUGUCGUAUGAGCGUGAGAAGGUGGGCCCGCCCCCUCUUCCUUUAGCUCCUCCUCCUCAGCAACACGCCUCUGCAGCCCCCACGUCCGUGCUGCAGAAGCCACGAGGCAACGGAAACAAGCGCCCCCUGGAUGCAGUGCCGUCGGGCAGCGGCGCAGUGGGCGCGUCCACCGCUUCGCCGGUGAAGCGGAAACGUGGCCGACCUCGGAAACCUCGGCCGGAGGAAGCCCUUCCUCCUCCUCCUCCAGCCGCUCUUUCUCCCAAACCCCCCCUCCACCCGCCCAUCAUCACCUCCGUCGGCGGCGUCAUCCAGAAAGCCUCCUCCUCGCAGCCGGUGCUGGAGCUGCUGAUCCAGGAGCAGCCGGGGCUGGUCCUGGGUCAGCUGCCGGCCGUGUCGGAGCACCGCGGCGUGGUGGUGCAGUGCAAGGCCGAGCCGGACCGCCGGGACCGACCUCUACUGUUCCUCCAGAGUCCGGCGGGGAACCCCGGGUGGGAGCUGUCGGGACGCCUCCCCCCGAUGGUGGAGGUCAUCCAGAAGGCCCCGAGGCCCGGCAACAACAGCUCCACUCCUCCGCCAGCCACACAUCACCACCCUCUCCCUCCGCCCAGGCUCCACCAGGAGCGGGGGGAGGUGGAGAUAACGCUGACACCAGUGGAGCUGCACGUCAACCCCCCCUCCGCCUCCUCCUCCUCCACUGCCACCUCCUCCUUCAGCUCCAUCACUGUGGUGAAGAGUGAGGAAGACGGGGAGCCAGAGAACAGCACCUCCUCAAAGACAGAGUCUCACUAGAUAAACCCCGCCCCCUCUUCCUCAUUGGUGGAAAUCCCUGAUUGGCGGCAGCAGAGAGCCAAUUGAGGAGGAUGAAUGAAGCCAAAACCAGCGACUCUGCAACUGCAUGUCUGACAGCAGGAGAGCGACUCCUCAGGGGAGCUUCCUCUCCUCCAUCCUCGCCUCCAGACUCCUUCUGAGGUCUUCAGCCGCUUCUCCUGCAGAAGAAAGAAAAGAGUGACACAAAGGAAGGAGGAAGAGCAGAGGAAGGGAAGGAGGCAAGUGCUACGGGUCAGGACCUUGUGAAGGUUCUUUGUGCUAAAUACCAAGCUCCGCCUCCAUUCACCUUCUGUCUGGAGACGUUCUCCAACAUUCCCGACUGAAGGUGAAUCAAAGCUGUGUGUGUGUGUGUGUGUGUGUGUGUGUGUGUGUGUGUGUGUGUGUGUGUGUGUGUGUGUGUGUGUCACUUUAUUCUGAGAUGUUCAGCUAAAGGAACGUGUAGAAGAUAAGGGGUUGAGCACUACAGGAACCAGAUUGUCAGACAGUUUGUGGCGUUUGAGGAUCAAAGAAGCACGAAGCCACGUCGUCUUUUAUCCCGUCGACGUGAAACAUGUUUUCUAGUUUUUUAAAGAUGAAACGAGACAAUAUGAAGAGCUCAGAGAACCUCGCUUUCCUCUUAUAAUAUAAUUAAUGUUGGUUCAGGAAGUAGCAUCAAGAAGACCAAUAAAAACACAUUUUUGGAGGAAGAAACCUGAAAGAAUUGCGUUAUUCAACAAGAAGCAAAACCGUCAAAUGUUUUGACAUUAAAAUAAUUUUCCUGAUUAUUCAGCAAAAUGACUCCAUAAGAGAACAUAUUAUUGUGUUAUUAUAAAGUAGCCAUAACUUACUUUUAACUCUUCUCAAAAUGAUGCUUUUAUCUAAACAUAUAAUCACAGAUUAAUAAAGAAAACAAAUGUUUGUGCCAACGCGUGCACAUCAAAGUGUGUGUGUGCGUGUGUGUGUGUGUGGGUGUGUGUGUGCGUGUGUGUGUGUGUGCAUCAGGUUAAAAAGAGGCCCGAAAAAGAUUUCAGACUGUUCAAGUGAAACCUGUUGCAUGAUGGGAAGUUGUAGCUUGCUUAGCGCUAUUCAUGCUAAUGUCACUCAUUUGUGAAGUGCCAUCGUGCCGCCGAGGCUCCGCCCCCUUUCAGACUGACCUGAGACACUGUCAAACCGUUGAAGAAGACAGAAAGCUUGUUGGACGGCGUUGUGAGUCUAUGUUGUACGUAUUUCUGUAGCUCCGCGUGGCGCUCUGAGCGGCGCCAUGUUGAUACAGAAUAACGCUAUUUGUUUACCGGUAAGAGAUUAAACUCAACCAGACGCCAACAGGAAGUGAUUCCUAAAGACAUCGCUAAAACUCAAAUGUUGUUCAGUCAAGUAGUCACAUGACCUGGACUCAAGUCACAUGACUGCUUGUUGGACUCACACUUCACCGCUGUUAAAGACCACAAGUUGUCCAGUCAUCCGUCCUCACUUUGUCCUGCAUACAUGACCUCAAUCAGACUCGGGCCCCGGUUCCUCCUUCUAGAGUCCACCCUAAAGGUUCCUGCUGCCGGACCUGCUGGGCUGGAAAAAUGAACUAGAAAACCUUCUCACCGAUGUGAAGAAGCCGGUUUAGUCCGGUUGAGUCCGGUUUGCUCCGGUGUGGUCCGGUCUGGUGUGGUUUGGUCCUGGCAUCAGGAACCCGGGUCUGAAGGUGGAGGCGGUCGUAGGACUCGCUUUAGUUAAAAAGACGUAGAUUUGUCACAGCAGGAGACGGUUCAGUUCUCAGCUUGUAGACGUCCCGCAGGUUCAAAGCAAGUAAACAGGAAGUAAACAGGAAGUACAAGUCCAGCGAUCAGGACACCUCCAAUGCUGCUUUCACCAAACGCAGAGUCAUUUCAAAGAUUUUGUACAAUCAAUAUGUUGCAAUGAAUAGCCACGCAGACGUUAGCACAGCUUAGCAUCAAUCAAACCAGAGUCCCUUCACAAAACAAGCAUUUAAAAGUUACAACACAAAUUGAUACUAUGAAUCAGCAUCAUUAUGUCGUUCAGAACAAACUAGUGAUGAAUAAACGCAAAACCCCCCCAUGAUCAAUACCUUUAAUCUGCUCUGCGUUUGAUGGAAACUGAUCGACUCGAUUGAUCCAAAUGCUUGAAAAUGCGAGUUCAAGAUGCAGUUUAAUUUUUUCUUAUUGCUCAAUGUAGCGUGAAGAAAAAUCACAAAGCACUUAAAGUCGAGAUGUCGUUUGUCAGACGGAGCCUCGUCAAACACUGGUUACUAUGACAACCACGAUGAUGAUCAUGUGGUUUACUCCCACUCUAAACUGGAAGUCGCCAUGUUUCCUGUCAAAUGUCUGUCGCUGCUGAUGCACUCUGGGUAAUGAAGUCCUCGGCGCAGACCAGGACUCCUGAUAUCAGACACAUUUUACACUUUUGUGCCGCCAUUUUCUUCUAAUGUUUUUUUCUCCUCUUUGUUGUUGCUGUUUAUUGUUGCUCUCGUAUAACUUGUUGAUGUCCAGAUUUUAUUAUUGUUGUUAUUGCUACUGUUGCUAUGGAGACGAGUAUGUUUGCCUCCUGCAUGGUUUUAUUUCCUGUGACUGUUGGGCCCUUUUCUUGUAAAUUAUUAUGUUUUUGUUUUUCCUGUAAUCAGCCUUUCUGUGUUUUUUUGCACUUUACUGCUUUACAUAUUUAGUACAAAACAAAGUUAAAGGAGCCGUGUGUAAAGUUCAAUGAUGGAUAUAUUGAUGAUACUCAUAACUAUGUUUUAUAUCGGCCGUGUUUCUACUGCAGUCGUGAUGCGUUCAGGGACCUCAAAUUAAACUGUUAAAGAUCGUAGUGUUGAGGAGCCACAACGUUAAUGCGGUUGGACACGUGGAUCUUGUGAUGUUGUCUAUUAUCAAAACUACACAUCUAGACAGACGCAAACACACACACACACAACAUCGUCAACAAUGACUGCUGCAAAGAAUACAUUUGUGAGUAUAAAGUCCAAAUGUUAGCAAUAACACGUAAACAGAAGUGAAACCUAAUCACACCUCCGUUCUUCAUCUUCACUCACAAAUAUGUGUCUAAAACGUACACACUGUCCCUUUAACCCCCCCAUUGAGUUCAUGUUUUGUUUACUUGUUUGUUUUGUUGUGAGAAACAGAAACGUGACAGAGGACAGAACAUUAAUGUCAAUUUAUUUUCCUACGAUGAAUAAAGGAAGAGACGUUCAUUGGCACAAAAAACAA